AUGGCAGUCGAGCGGAUGGACAUGGACCACUUGGACCACUCUGUUCCCCCACCCCCACCCCCACCUCCACCUCCUCAGGAAAAGGUGAUUGCUCGGCCAUACAAGUGUCCCUACCCGUUGUGUGGUCGUGCGUUCAGUCGACUGGAACACCAAACCCGACACAUCCGUACUCACACAGGCGAGAAGCCAUUCGAAUGCUCAUUCCCCGGCUGCGAGAAGAGGUUCUCGCGUUCGGACGAGCUCACGCGCCAUUCGCGAAUACACAACAACCACACCCCGCACCUCCACACCCCGCAUCAGGGGGCGCACGACGGACCGAGCGGAAGCGCGCACCGCGGCAAGGGCAAGGCGAAGAUGAACUACGACGACGACGAGGGGAUGGGCGCCGACGACCGCGAGGGAGAGGUAGCAGUGGUGAUGGAGCGGGCCCGUGUGCAGAAGAAGGCGCGCAGCCGCGCGAACAGCGACGACGAGGACGAGUCUUACGCGCGCCCGACCGCGCUGUACCCGCCAGACUCCGCCCCGUACGAGUAUGCCCCCUACCACCAGCCCUCGCACGGUCACCACCAUCCGCGCCGCGUCGCCCCGCCCUCGCCGCCAUACGCCCUCGCCGCGCCCUCACCCCCACACUCGCAUGCGGUGGACCAGCCACAUGUCUCACAGCAGCACGCGUUCUCGGCGCUCUCCUCCAUCGCGAUGGAGGAGCUGUAUGCGCUCGAGCGCGCCGAGGCCCUCCGCCGCGCCGAUUACGAGAUCCGACACAACCAGAUGCUCCGGCGCGCAGAGUAUGAGGCGCAGGUCCGCCACGCGGAGGUCCUCGCGACACACGGCAGGCUCAGCAAGAGCGCAGGGCCGACCCCCGUCGGUACGCCAUUCUGGCGGCCCGGGCACGGCAUGACGGCGAACUCGCAUGGCGUGGGCACGGACGAAGGCUACUUCGGGACCUCGCGGGAGCGGGAGAGGGGCACGGAGGAGGAUGUCCCGAUGGGCACGAGUGACGCGCGGAGAAGCGGGCGCAGAAUGAGCUUGUCUGGGCGGCGGGAGGUGUUCGCGGCGCACCCGCAUGCGUCUGGACACGUCGUCGAUGGGCCGCCGGCGCACACAAAGACGCACGGCCACGCGCAUGGGCCGCGGGCGCAUCCAUACCAUACUGCCAGUGCCCCGCACCGGCAACGCUUACAUGUCGGACACGACGACUCGCCGUCACCUAUCAGCUCUGACUCCGACUCGCUGCAUCCCGUCCACUCACCCAUGCACACGACGCACGCGCCUCCGCUGGGUCCCCACCAGGGUCCGCCACCCGAGCACCUCGCGCACCCCCAGUCCCAGUAUGUCACGCCCUCCACCAGUCCGUUCCUCGGCGGCCUGCGUACCCUGAACAUACACUCGGGUACGCCUUCGCGUGCGACGUCCCCCUUUCGCCUCCCGCCGCCAACACUUGACGGCGCCGCGCCAGUGCCAGUAGACGACCACCCGUACGACUCCCGCGCACGUAAGGCGGCCAGUGUCGCCGGCAGUCCCCCGCGCUCGAGCGUGCUCACCGCGCGCAUGAAGCGCGGCAGCCACGGCGACCUCGUUUCCUACGGGGCAUACGGCGGGCACCCCUCGGACCACUUCGGACAGUCCAUGGGCGGCUUCCACGCGCCGUACACGCACGAGCGCACGACGCCGGGCGUGCCGACGCCGCAGCUCUCGAGUGGGCCGAGCAGCAGCGGGAGCAGCCCGCGCAGCCACCCGUACUCGCUCGCGUCGCACGGGCCGAGCUCGACGGGCAGCGCGUGCAGCUCGCGCGCGCCGUCGCCGCCCGCGCGCUCGCCGUCGCACACGCACAACCACCCGCACCACCACCACCUGGCGCACUCGGUGCGCGUCGCGUUCGGGAUGACGCCGAUCCACCCGCGCGCGGCGCGCCACACGACGGGGCUCGCGCACCCGACGCACGCGGAGAUGCCGCCGCCGCCGGACUUCCCGAGCAUGCCUGCGCCCGCGAGCGCGCUCAGCGUCCCCGUGAGCCGCGCGUGCUCGCCGCCGAUCAAGCUCCCGCCGCUGAAGCUCCCGUCGAGCCCGUCGAGCCCGUCGGGCCGGCCGGCGCAGCUGCCGCGGGGCGGCGAGGACGCGGCGAUGGAGGACAGGGAGAGGGAGCGGGUGGAGCUGCCCGGGUUCAGCGAGUUUGCGGCGGCGACGGGCCUGAGGGCGCACGAGCGUGAUUCGUGACAGCGGGUGGCGGUCGGGCUCCUGCUGGCUGCUGCCGCUGGCGUUGCCCGUGACUCCCUUUCGACCAUUUUGCGACCGCAUGUGCGCGCUGCGAAGGCUGACUGCAUGUAUUUUUUGUGAAUUUUGCUCCUCGCCUGGAUACCCCAUAGAAAUGCACUCCUCUCCGCUCUUCAUGCCAGCCUGACCACGGACAUGGAUCUAGAAGUUAGCUAUAGAACGAUCACGAUGCCCGCUCUCACCACCGCUUCAUUCCGUCUUUAUAAUGUGCACGAGUCUGCUGUGACUGCCGCCGUACGUGCCGUGCUCUUCCCAGACAGACUACCAUGUACCCGCACAAUCUCCGCUUCGAUAUAUUGAACCUAGACUGACC